AUGGCAUUAGGAAAGAGAAAGAUGAACACAAAAAAAGCCAAACCAAGCUCAAAGAAUAAAAAGCCCAAACAAGUCGAUGCUAGCAACCCGAGCCCAGGCAGACUCUCCAGUCAAUCGACAGAUGGUGAUGAUACCAAGGAAAACGCAGCCUUAGAUCCAGGAAACUCAUCCGAUGACCAGGAUGAUAAGACUCGGACCGUCUCAGAUCCGGCCGUCUCUCCCGCCACGGCCGAGGAUCCGGCCGCCGCCACCGCUGAUAAGGAAGCGGCAGAAGACCUCUUCAAAGGAUCCGAGACAGUCGAAGAUUCGGUGCUCGAUGGUUAUUACUGCAUCCAGAACAUGGACGGCUUCGAAAAGUGGAUCCGCGAGCGCAAGUCGACACUUUGCAAGCCUCCUCUUGACCCCAAGAAAAAAGUACUCGUGCUGGACCUCGACAACACCUUAAUUUGCAGGGACAAACACCCCUACGAGUUCAUCGUGGACUGCAAUAACGGGUGUCGCUACCCCGUUAGUAUCCACCCCGCAUGCAUUGCCUUCCUGCACGAGAUGAAGGCUCACUACUCCAAGAUCGCCAUUUAUACCUCAAGCUCAGCCGUCUACGCGUCAAAAAUCUGCGACAAAAUGACGACCCGUUACUUACAGGCCUAUCCGGACAACAAAACCCCGUUCUUCACAAUCAUGUCGGCUAACGAUUGCCCCAGCGUGGACGGGAUGCGCUCGAAGGACCUGUUGUUGUUUGGAAGCUUAGAAGACGUGGUGUUUGUCGACGACGACCCCUACUACUCGUUCAGGUCUCAGAACGAUAACGUGAUACACGUCCGUCGAUACCACGGUGAAAAAUCGCAAGAAGGCGGUCUCAUGGCCAUCGCACCCCUGCUCACCUAUCUCAGCUCGGUCAAAAGCGUCCCCGACACCAUGCGCAAGUUGAAGAAGGUUUGGCACAACGCCGGUCUCGUCAAGAUAGUCCAGUGCGUCCGAGGCGUUACAUGCUAG